AAUGUUCCGUUGGCUGGGAACGGAGUCUGUCUGUCCGGGCCUAUGUGUUCAGCUAGGAACCCAAGAUGGAGGACAGGGGAAGGCAAAACAUGGAUCUUUACUGAGUUUUUCGUCGCUUUAGUAUUCCACUGGAGUUUUUACYGUACUUAUGGCGGAACUUUUAGAAGAUGAACAUGCCUAGAAAGGGGAAUGGCCAGCUGCCGUUACCCGACGGCUGGGAAGAAGCAAGGGACUUUGACGGCAAAGUUUUUUAUAUCGACCACAACACUAAACAAACAAGUUGGAUAGACCCGAGGGACAGGUUGACGAAGCCCCUGUCGUUUGCGGACUGUGUGGGUGACGAGUUACCGUGGGGAUGGGAGGCCUCAUACGACCCUCAGAUUGGCAUCUACUACAUCGACCACAUCAACAAGAGUACCCAGCUAGAGGACCCCCGGGCGGARUGGAGGAAGGAGCAGGAGAGGAUGUUGAAGGAGUACCUGACAGUAGCCCAGGAUGCCCUGGUCACCCAGAAAGAGCUGUACCAGGUCAAAGAGCAGCGGCUGGCCUUGGCCCUGGAUCAGUACACACGCCUCAACGACGCAUACAAGGACAAGUCCAGCUCACGCACCAGCCUGUUCUCKGGGUCUUCGUCCAGCACUAAGUAUGACCCUGACAUCCUCAAGGCUGAGAUCUCCACCACCAAAGUCAGGGUGAAUAAGCUGAAGAGAGAGCUCUCCCAGAUGAAACAGGAGCUCAUCUACAAAGAACAAGGCUUUGAAACCUUGCAGCAGAUCGACCAAAAACUGUGUGGCGAGCAGAGUGGAUACCGUCUGAAGGAGGCCAAGGCCAUCGUGACGGAGCUCAAGUCUCUCCGCAGGGCGGGAGAGAGAUUGGAAUCCCAGGCUGAGACCGCCAAAGUCCGACACCACCAGACCGACAUCCCCGUCCCAAAGUCCUGUGGGCCUGCCGAGCGGGAACGCCCGACCCCCUCCAGCACCAGCGGCGAGCUCGGCGGCGAGAGAGAAGACAACGACGACCUCGAGGAAAGCGACGUCACCGACUUGGACGCUCGGACGGCUUCGAGGACACCCUCAACCAGCGGCGCUAAUGGGACCAGGUCAGUGUUCCUGGGGGGUCUCCCCGCCUGUGGUUUAUCCCAGAGGGGGUCAGGGCUCCUGGAGGAGCAGGUCCAGUUUACACUGUUUUCUCGAGGACCCUGCAAGCAGAGCAGCAGCCACCCGCGCAUAUCAACUUUGGUGUCUUACUUCAUGUCUUCGUCUGUGUUGUCAGACGUGGACCUCCAGAGGCCGGGGGAGGACAGGCCCGCCUGUGUGUCAGCAGCCGUGUCAGACGAGUCCGUGGCCGGGGACAGUGGGGUGUACGAGGCCUCUAAUGUCAAACGGUCAAUGGAGUCUGAUGAACCGGCGGUGUACCUGGAGGAUGAGCCUGUCCUUCCUGAGUCUGCCCAGGUCCAGAUAGGCCUGAAAUAUGAUGCUGCCAACUCCAGUUUUGUCAUGGUGAUCAUGCAGCUGCAAAACCCUACUGCCCUGUCAGUCCCCUCCACUACCAGAGUGUGUCGGCCCUGCUGCAGAGGACCUCCAGCGAGUUGGAGGCUGUGGAACAGGAGCUGGCCUUGGAGGAGAAGGAGAGAGCGAGCCAGCUGGACAUGGACGGACACCAAUGGCUGAGCAUGCUGGGAGAGGACAGCCCUCAACUGGUCCUCGGACUGGAGGAGGAAGAAGAGGGGGAGGAGGAGAGGAAGGAUUCUGUCAAGGCAGAGAAGAAGUUUGCUGGCUCUGGGCAGGCGUACGGAGGGGAGGAGAGGGAGGAGAAGUGUCGAGAAGAGCCAGCCAGAGAGGAAGAGGAGGAGAGGAGAUGUAAAGAGAGACUCCCUCAGGCAAAUGAAGGACCAACGCUGGUGGAUGCGGAGACGAACACAGAGAUGUGUGGUGUGGCGGUGAGGCCUAAAGACAGACCCAGCCUGGGACCAGGACCACGCAGCGCUCAGAGAGGCUUCAUGCGGAACAGUAUGAUCAUGAGGUCUCAAACCUUCUCCCCUGGGGAGCGCAACCAGUACAUCUGCAGGUUGAACCGGAGCGAUAGCGACAGCUCCACAUUAUCCAAAAAGUGCCCGUUUGUCCGGAACACCUCGGAGAGACGCAGCCUAAGGGUUAAGAGGACCCUGUGCCAGCCGGUGGUGGUGCGGAGGCAUGGCGGAGCCGGGGAGACAAACACCCGGACCUCCCUGGACUUGGAGCUGGCCCUCCAGGCUUCGCGAACGCGUCAGAGCCGUCUGAACGACGAGCUCCAGGCCCUGAGGGACCUGAGGGCCCACCUGGAGGCCCUGAAGGCCCGGGGAGAGACGGAGCUGCCUGGGUCCGUGCUGCACGACCACAGGUUUCACAGGCUGCUGGAGCAGGCCGAGAGACAGGCGGAGCAGUCUAAGGAACAGCAGCGYCAGGAGCAGCGGGCUGAGAAGCUGAUGAGGAGGGCCUCCAAAGACGUGUGUCGGCUAAGAGAGCAGAGUCAGAAGGUCCCCCUACAGGUCCAGUCUUUCAGGGAGAAGAUGGCCUACUUCACACGAGCUAAGAUCAAUAUACCAUCCCUACCGGCUGAUGAUGUAUGAUUACAUAGUGAAACAAUGAAGUAUUUUUCCAACUUUUUAUAGCAGAGUAUUUUAAUAGUGUAGUUACUUUGAAUGAAACCAAUCGAAUAGUUUGUACACUAUAGUUUAUGUAUUUGUAUAAUAAGUUGUAAUUGAAUACUAUCUUGUAAAAAAAAAAAAAAAAAAAAAGAAACUAAAUAAUGGCUUUCUUAUAUCAGGAGAAAACCCAAAAUAGAGGUGUUUUGGUACUUGUAUUCUGCUCGUGAUUUUUCUGUACAGUUUUAUAAGGUGUGUUGGAGAGUGGUGUGUGUGUGGGGUGGAGGAGAGAGUGUGUGUGUGUUUGUCGCCCUCUGGUGUCCUGUGGUGGAACUGCACCACGGGGCAGGGUGCGGGGUAGAUUGAGUGAGUCUCACUCCCAGUCCCAAAUCAACCCCGAUCCUCUACCCCCUAUGCACUUAUGGAGAUCUAACAGGAUUGGAUAGGUGUAAGUUAUAUGGUAAUAACGACACUUUGCCUUCUGCUAGUCUAGAUGGCAUGUUCACUGUGUUUCUUCCAUGUAUCCAAUCCUCUGAUCUCCAGAGGUGUAUAGUGGGUAGGGGCUAGGAGUUGAUUUGGUAUUGGGCAUCAGUGUUAGCUAAGUGUGCGUAUGUGAGAGAGAGAAGGCGACCUACUACAGUAUAUCAUAUAUAAUGUCUUCUGUCCAAAGCUGGUGCUCUGCUAUUUUUUUCUCUCUCAUUCAGAACAAAACAAACAUAAACCUUGUGAAUGUAAUGUAACCGCUUUUCCACUUCUAUCUAUCUCUGCGAUACUGCACUGAUACUGUUCUGUGGCUUCAUGCUUUUUCACACCUACAUGCCGCAACGCUAAUUAUUACUGCGUUCGCUGGGCUCUAGUCUCAAUUUUAAAGUUAAAUGUUUUGUCAGUUAUUAGCCUGGUCCAGGAUAUGUUUUUGCACAAACUGAUCUGGGACCAGGCUAUUUUGUAGUUCACUCUGCAACUUCAUUUGUAAGAUUGGUUUUCCUUUCCCACCUGUUUCCCAACUGUUGAAGUAUUUAUUCAAAGGAUGAACAUAAAACCUCUGUGUUAAUGCCUUUUGUUACAGAUAGGUUCUCUGGACUAGAGCAAAGACAAUGCAGGAAACAUACUGGACCCAAAUCAUGUAAUUUCCAGCCUUCCAGUGUUUUAAGGGUCCGAAAUAGCACCCUAUUCUCUAUGUAGUUCACUACUUUUGACCAGAGCCCUAUGAGCCUUGGUCAAAAGCACAGAGCCCUAUAGCCUUGGUCAAAGCACAGAGCCUUAUGGGCCCUGGUCAAAAGCACAGAGCCUUAUGGGCCCUAUGAGCCCUGGUCAAAAGUACAGGGGUCAAAAGCACAGAGCCCUAUGGGCCCUAUGUGCCCUGGUCAAAAGCAGUGGGCUAUAUAGAAAAAGUCAAAUCAAUACUUUUUUGGUUUUUAUCAAAGACAUGAAAGCUAUAAUAUUCAGUAUACAUCAGUUUCUUUGUAUAAUAAUGGCUUGUUAUACUCCAGUAAUUCAUUAUAUUUAUUAUUUCUCCAAGGAGUCUCCUGCUCUAUUUUUUCUGAAUAAUAGGACAACAAUUGACCUUUGUGGUUUCUUCUCUUUAUUUUGUAUCUAAUGUUUUGUUUGUGUGUCUGUAAACCAGAGAACAAACAGUAUUGUUUUUACGUUGCCUUUUUAACAGCUAAUAGCUAAGGAACAACAAGGCUUGUAUUGAAAACGCUUCUCGGAGUAGGAGUGCUGAUCUAGGAUCAGUUUUGACUUUUAAUUCAUAAUGAAUAAGAAGGGGGACCUGAUUCUAGAUCAGCACACUUACUCUGAAACGCUUGAAUAGGAGCUAACAUCUGAUUGAACUGUGAGUAUAAACAGUAUCUGUGGUAUCGUACUUAGUUUGUAUAGCUACCCCUGGACUCAAGAUAUAUAUGGCACUUCCAAUCAAAUUUGUUCAAAUCCGUUUAGUUUACCAAUACAAUGUUGCCUCACAAUAUCAACCAGGAAGAUAAACAUGGAUUUGAAUUGUG